CGGUUUGCGGCAGUGUGGCGUCGCCAUGGCAGGAGGCAGGAUCUUCAUCCAGUGCGACUGGCCUCGAGCCUUGCGGGAGAAUGAGAGGGAAGCGUGGGUUUCCUGUAAAAGACCCGGAGCAGCUACUUUAUAUGGCUGUAUAAAGUGUCAAGGAGUUGGUAAAGAUGGGGUCCCAGUGGUAACAGCUUCAGAAGGGUUUGAAGUGACAGAGAUUACAAAGAAGAGUAUUCUAAUCUCUUGUCCUGAUGGGAAUGCAGCCUCAAAGUUUCUUAUGCCUUAUACAUCCUUUUCUAGAAUACACACUAAAAGUAUAACCAGUAUAGAUAUUUCUAGUGGUGGAGGGCUGGGUGUAUCUUGCAGUACAGAUGGGACAAUGCGAAUCUGGCAAGCCAACAAUGGAGAUCUGAGGAGAGAUCUGGUUGGCCACGUGUACGACGUGAAUUGUUGUAGGUUCUUUCCGUCUGGGAUUGUGGUUCUAAGUGGAGGAAUGGAUGCUCAGUUAAAGAUCUGGUCUGUUGAAGAUGGAAAUUGUUCUGUAACUUUGAAUGGACACAAAGGAGGUAUUCUUGAUACAGCAAUCAUAGAACGUGGACGAAAUAUCAUCUCAAGCUCCAGGGAUGGAACAGCAAGGUUGUGGGAUUGUGGGAAGUCCACUUGCCUUGCAGUGUUGGCAGAUUGUGGGUCUCCCAUUAAUGGCUGUUCACUUGGUGUUGCUGAAAACACAGUGAAUUUGGGUUCUCCUGAGCAUUCACCAAGUGAGCGUGAAAUAGGGACGGAGGGAAAAUUGUUACUUUUAGCCCGUGAAGACAGAAAACUGCAGAGCAUUGGACUUCUCAGUAGACAACCAAUAUUUAUGUUUGAGGGAUCCGAUGCUUUCAACUGUUGUACCUUCCUUUCAAGUACAUAUAUCCUCGCAGGAACACAGGAUGGUAACAUUUAUCAGCUGGAUGUUCGAAACACAAAAACCCCUCUACAGUUGAUCCAUCGAUCAGGAUCCCCAGUGCUUUCUUUGUUGCCCUGUAAAGAAGGCUUUAUAGCCAGCCAUGGUGAUGGAAGUUGUUACAUCAUUCAACAGGAUCAGGAUUAUGUAAUAGAAUUUUCUGGGCCUGACUGUGACCCCAUUUACAAGGUAGUUCUGUGGGAGAAGUUUGCCUACACUUGCUCCAGAGAUAGCAUUGUGAGGAAGUACCAACUGCUGAAUUUCUGAACUCUAUUAUAUUGUUCAUAAGGAGGGCACUUCAGAUAAAGAACUUGAAGCUUAACCUGUUAAAACCAUUGUUAAAAGUGCAAAACAGUAACAUUUUAGCCUUGGGACUGCAGACCAACAUGCAGGUCGUGGGAAUUGCUAUCCAGUGUGUAUUAGACUCAUUAGCAUGUACAAGGGGAUGAAUUCCACAAAAGUUGUUAAAUUAAGUUCUGCUUUGUAAUAAUUGCAUUAUGUCAGUCAUUAUGAAUAUUUUUAUAAACAGGAUGGUUUAAAAAAAAGUACCAUUUUGGAAUUACUCAGAUCAGGCAGCAUCUAUGUAGAAAGAAAUAAAGUUAAUGCUUCAAGUGAAUGACCAUUCAAUAUAAUUGAGAAACAUUAGAUAUGUCAAUGCAUUUUAAACAAGAUGUGGGUGAGACAACAUGAAAACAAUGUCUGUGAAGGCAGAGGACAAGCAAGAUUGAAUGAUGAGUUUGGCCCUACAAGCAACGGUAGCAAAUGUGCUAUUUCUGAAUAUGAAAAUAGGAGAAAAGUCAAAACAUAUAAAGAAAAGUGAACUAAAUCGGAGCUUAUGGUCUGAAAUUACUGAACUCGUUAUCAAGUUCAGAAGGCUACACAGUGCCUCGUUGAAAGAUGAAAUGCUGUUCCUGAAGCUUCCAUUGAGCUUCUCUCGAACAGUGCAGUAGUCAAAAGACACAGAUGUCAGUGUGAGAGCAAGGUGGCAAAUUAAAAUGACUGGUUACAUGAAACCCAGUGUUAUGCUUGUGGGCUGGCCAUAGGUGUUCCACAAACUAAUCAUCCACUCUGCUUGAUCUUCCCAGUUUAGAGAAGAUCACUCUGAGCAGUGAAUGUAGUAGACUAAAUUGAUGCAGCAUUAUCAAAUGCAAUCAUUACUUCACCUGGGAGGAGUAUUUGGUCUUUUGGUGAGAAGAGAAGUAAAAAUGUUGUGACGUCUGUUUUUACAUGGAGCAGUGCGAUGGGAAGGGGCUGGAUGGUUUGAAGAGUGAAUAAUAGCACUACACAGAGAGCAGCCCUUUGUUUCCCAAGCUGUUUUAUUCCAUUUUUGUUGUAUGUUUUGAUUUUACUUUUAUUUUUGCUUUCAGACCUACUCUAGGCCCAUCUCUUGUUUAGGUGAAAGUGGGUACUGCAGAUGUUAGAAAUUAGAGUGGUGCUGGAAAAGCACAGAAGCUCAGGUAGCAUCCGAGGAGCAGGAAAAUCGAUGUUUCAGGCAAAAACUCACCUAUUGUUUAAUUUCUUCUUCAAUUUUCUGUUUAACCCUGUAACCCCAUUAACUCUUCUGUCAUUUCUGUUUCUCCAUCCUUCUACUGCAUCACGGACAUUUUUCUCUUUGUCCUAGCCACACCUUGCUCAAAAUAUAUUAAAUGUCUAACUCUCCCAGUUCUGAUUGAAUGUCAUUGACCUGAAAUAUUAGAAUGUAAGAAUUAGGAGCAGGAGUAGGCCGCCCGGCCCUUCGAGCCUGCUCCACCAUUCUAUAAGAUCACGGCUGAUCUUUUCGUGGACUCAGCUCCACUUAAUUGCAUUCACUGUGUUUCACUCUACAUAGAUCCAGCCUACUCUACUGAGUAUUCCUAGUAUUUUGUGUUUUUAUUUCAGAUUUCUAGAGAUCAUAGUAUUCUGCUCUUUGGUGGUAAAAAUUACAGUGUGCUCUCCAUUCUUUUAAAUUGUGUGUGGCAAUAAUAGAGCUUAGUCCACAGAAUUAAGCGAUCAUUACUGAGAAAAUAAAAGUUGUUCUGCAGUUCUGUUUUGGCUCUUUCUCAAAAAUGUAAUACUUAUAGCCAUAUUGCAGAGCUAAGUUGGCUCAGAAUCAAUAUUGGUAAGAUAUGUUUCUCAGUUUUUUUUUAACUUUUUCUUUUGUAAUUGUGUCUUCCACCAAAUUUCAUUGUCUUGGGUGGAAAUUUAAUUUGGUUUUCUUGGUGAGCACCUAUGAAGGCAUGACUUGUAGGCAGCAGAAACUUCUGUUGCACAAGUCUAUUUAUGUGGACCAAUGAAAACACACGAGCUGUACUAUGUGCUCGAUAACUACCUACAGCAAGUAAUAAUUAUAUUGAGCCUUUUACAAAACCCCUGUCUGCUAGGUGUGACUAAAUAAAUACAUUUGCGUAUAUAUGUGUGGACUUUUGAGGUAACAUCAAAAAAUAUGGAUCACCAUUUGUGUUAGUAUUAAACUUGCAUUAUUGUACAUCAGUUUAUUAUAUUCAUUCAUGGGAUGUGGAUUCCCUUACUGGGCCAGCAUUUAUUGCCCAUCCCUUGUUGCCCUUGGAAAGGUGAUGGUGAACUGUCUUCUGGAACUGCUUGGUGCAGCAACACCCACGAUGCUGUUUGUGAUGAUCUUGAACUCGACAGUAAUAUAUUUCCAAGUCAGGAUGGUGAGUUUGGAUAGGAACUUACAGGUUAUGGUGUUCCUAUGUAUUUGCUGCCAUUGCCCUGGUUUGUAGUGGUUGUAGGUUUGCAAGUGCUGUCUAAGGAAUUUCUGUGGAGUUCUGCAGUGUACCUUGGAGAUGAUCACUGCUACUCAGUGUCAAUGAUGGAGGAAUUGAAUGUUCGUAGAUGUGCCAAUCAAACAGACUGUUUUGUUUUGAUCUGGAUGGUGUCAAAUUUCUUGAAUGUUCUUGGGGCUACACUCGUCGAGGCAAGUGUGGACUAUUCCAUCAUACUGCUGAAUUUUGCCUUGUAGGUGGUGGGCAAAGUUUAAAAAAUCUCACAACACCAGGUUAUAGUCCAACAGGUUUAUUUGAAAGUACAAGCUUUCAGACCGCUGCUCCUUUGUCAGGUAGCUAAUGGAGCAGGAUCAUAAGACACAGGAUUUAUAGCAAAAGAUCAUAGUGUCAUACAACUGAUGCGAUAUAUUGAACAAACCUAGAUUGCUAUUAACUCUUCCAUCUUUUAAAUU